AUGAUGUUUUCUAUUAUCACUGAGUUUCUAACUGCUUUACUGUUCCUGCUCUCUGCUGCCACUGCAGAUGAUGUGCGGAUAUCUGGUGGGAAGCCAUGUACCCCCCAUUCACAGCCAUGGCAGGCGGCUCUUUUUUCUGGUUUUUCCAUGAAAUGUGGCGGUACCCUGGUCCACAAGUCCUGGGUGCUGACUGCUGCCCAUUUGAAUUUUCCCAAUGACUUGCACUGUGCAAAAAUCUCCAUCAUCGACCAUCAGGUUUGCCAGUCCAUCUACCCUAGUUACUUCACUGAAAACAUGGUAUGCGCUGGAAGGAUGCAAGGUGGUACAGAUUCUUGUCAGGGUGACUCGGGUGGACCCCUUGUCUGCAACGGGAAACUGCAAGGGAUUGUCUCCUGGGGUCCCCAAGUAUGUGCACAACCAAAUAAACCUGGAGUCUAUGUUAAUGUCUGCAAAUAUGUGAAUUGGAUCCAAGAAACUAUCCGCAACAAUUGAUGAAUGAGUGGCUCAGGAGAUCCUGAAUGAACUCUGGG